UCCGGUCUUCCCCCUAGUGUCCUAAGCCGGCUGUCUCCGCCUUCCAGGGUCUCCGUGCCCUUUUCCCCCGAGUCCUGGUCCACGAGUUGGAUUUGCUGCUGCCGCGAGCCAGCCUCCCGCCGUUCCCCGUCCCUCGGCCCUCGGAGAGCACCGGCCUCCCCGCGAGGAAAGAGAAGAAGAUGCCUAAAAAAAAGACUGGUGCAAGGAAGAAGGCUGAAAACCGCCGAGAACGUGAAAAACAACUAAGAGCAUCAAGAGGCACUGUAGAUUUAGCUAAACACCCAUGUAAUGCUUCAAUGGAUUGUGACAAGUGUCAGAGGCGGCAGAAGAAUAGAGCCUUUUGCUAUUUUUGUAAUUCUGUACAGAAGUUACCGAUAUGUGCACAGUGUGGAAAAACAAAAUGCAUGAUGAAGUCUUCAGACUGUGUCAUAAAGCAUGCUGGCGUAUACAGUACUGGCCUUGCCAUGGUGGGUGCGAUAUGUGACUUCUGUGAAGCUUGGGUUUGCCAUGGUAGGAAGUGUCUCAGUACCCAUGCCUGCGCCUGCCCUCUGACUGAUGCCGAGUGUGUUGAAUGUGAACGAGGUGUAUGGGACCAUGGAGGCAGGAUAUUUAGUUGUUCUUUUUGCCAUAACUUUCUGUGUGAAGAUGAUCAAUUUGAGCAUCAGGCCAGCUGCCAGGUUUUAGAGGCGGAAACAUUUAAAUGUGUCUCAUGCAAUCGUCUUGGUCAGCAUUCAUGUCUCCGUUGUAAGGCUUGUUUCUGUGAUGAACAUACAAGGAGUAAGGUGUUUAAGCAGGAAAAAGGAAAACAGCCUCCUUGCCCUAAAUGCGGACAUGAAACUCAGGAAACAAAGGAUCUUAGCAUGUCAACACGUUCACUCAAAUUUGGCCGGCAGACUGGAGUUGAAGAGGGGGAUGGAGCUUCUGGUUAUGAUGCCUAUUGGAAGAACCUUUCAUCUGACAAGUACAGCGAUGCAGGCUACCGUGAUGAGGAUGAUGAUGAGUAUGAAGCAGAGGAUGAUGACGAGGAAGACGACGAAGGUGGAAAGGAUUCAGAUGCUGAAUCAUCUGAUUUGUUUUCUAAUUUGAAUUUAGGAAGGACCUAUGCCAGUGGCUAUGCUCACUAUGAGGAGCAAGAGAACUAGGGGAGCUGCUUGCCCAUUGGUGGGUGUGUAUGACACGAGCCAGGGGCACGAGUCGUGGGCAGUCAUGUGGGUGUUCAGAAGCACCGGCACUUGACCUUGUUCCAUUACCAGUCCACAAGGCUAAGGAGUAGGGCACAGCGUUUUUAUAGGAACUGAUAAUCAGGCUUUUAGUAUGAGAGAAAUGAGUUUCAAAUGUAAGACAUUUAUUGAUCCAGGCAAAUGAAGUAUCAUGGAUUAGAUUGUUACUGAUUUCAGUAAUUUCAUAGUUUCUGCCAAUCACAUACAUAUAUAGGACAAAGGAAUAAAAUGGUAAUAUAUUUAUUUGAAAUUAAAUUACUGUUUUUAUUAAAGGAGCAUUGCUUAUAAAUUCACUGUGUCUGGUUUUAUAAAAUGGAAUGGGUAAAAUGGAUGACUUAUUUUUUCCUUUUAUGUCUUUCCACAGAAUGAAAGUCAUGUUAUAUUCUAAAUUUUCUUUAAAGGCUUAUGUUAUUGUAAGUAGUCAUGCAUGUUUCAGCAAUUGGCCCAUUUAUCUCUCUUCACAAUAUAUAUUGUGAACAAUUCCUGUUUUAAUACCUAAAUGUAUUGACAAAGGUGACUGCCUAGCCAUUUUUCAGAAAUAUAAUUCCAGAAGUAGAAUUACACAUGCUUUACCCAGGAAAUUUCAUUUUUGGAAUAAAUCUAAUAUUUCACUUUA